UUAUUCGGACCUCUGCUACACUUUCUCCCUUCCUCGUUUUCUCACUUCUCUCUCUCUCUCUAAACCUCUGAAGCCCAGCGCCCCACUCCAUUUCCAUUCUCCUCUGCGCGCGCAAGGGUACAUGCAUAGAUAUGUGCAAUUGCUUAGGGAAAAAGAGGGUGGGUUGGGGCCUUUAAUUUUUUGCUGCCAUUACACAGCUCUACAGCCCAGUUGUCAAUUUCGGUGCGUACGUUCCUUGUUACUUAUUCUUUUGAAGCUGAGAUUAAGCUGCACGGAUCAAAUCUUCGGCUGGGGCUGCUGCCAUUAGGUGCUACUUUCUCUGAUUCUUUCAGGGGCAUCUCUAUGUCACACAAAAAUCUAUUGUGUCUGUUGCAUGAAUGUACUGAUUCACACUUCUGAUGAUUUGCAUUGAUCUUAUUAUGCUUGACUUGAGUCACAAUGGGCAGCCUCACUGUGACUUUGCAACACUGGCUUUUAUGCAUCCUAUUGAUUCACACACUAGCAAAUGGGAACGAAGCUCUUAGUCCUGAUGGUCAAGCCCUUGUGAAUUUUAGGACUGCCAUCAUAAACUCAGAUAAUGUUCUUCUUCAGUGGAGACCAGAGGAUGCAGAUCCAUGUGGAUGGAAAGGGGUGACAUGUGAUAUCAAGUCAAAAAGAGUGACAGCCCUGAGCCUUCCGAACCACAAGUUGAGUGGACCUAUAUCAUCUGAUAUUGGAAAGCUAGAAAAUCUGCAAUAUCUUGCUCUUCAUGAUAACAAUUUCUAUGGGGAAAUCCCUCCAGAAAUCGGGAACUGUACACAGUUACAAUCAUUAUUUUUGCAGGGAAACUACUUAAGUGGAUUGAUUCCAAGCGAAUUGGGAAAACUUUCUCAGCUGGAAAAUCUAGAUCUUUCAAGCAACUCCCUCAGUGGAAGCAUUCCUGCUUCACUUGGAAAAUUGAGCAAGCUUUCAAGUUUAAAUGUAUCAACAAAUUUUCUGGUGGGACCUAUACCAGCUGAUGGUGUACUUGCCAACUUCCAAAAUGAUUCCAGUUUUGUUGGCAACCGGGAAUUAUGUGGCAAGCAACUACAGGUUUGCACGAGCAACAGUAGUGGUUCACCGCCAAAUUCCCAGACUAUAAAUCCAGCCCUAGCUCAGUCCAAGAAGAAAUACUCAGAGAAGCUUCUUGUAAGUACAGUAGCCACUGUGGGUGCUUUGCUUCUGGUUGCUCUCAUGUGUUUUUGGGGAUGUUACCUGUAUAAGAGGCUUGGUAAAAAUGAUGGAAAAGGUCUUGCAGCUGAUGUUAGUGGAGGAGCUUCGAUUGUAAUAUUUCAUGGAGACCUGCCUUACUCUUCAAAGGAUAUCAUAAAGAAAUUGGAGAAUUUGAAUGAAGAGCAUGUAAUUGGAGUGGGGGGUUUUGGAACAGUGUACAAACUUGCAAUGGAUGAUGGCAAUAUAUUUGCCUUGAAAAGAAUUAUGAAAGUAAAUGAGGGGUUUGAUCGCUGUUUUGAAAGGGAGCUUGAAAUUCUUGGAAGCAUAAAACACAGAUAUCUGGUGAACCUUCGAGGAUAUUGCAAUGCUCCUACGUCCAAGUUGUUACUAUAUGAUUUUCUAGCAGGAGGCAGUGUCGAUGAAGCUCUUCACGAGAGAGGCGAGCAACUAGAUUGGGAGGCUCGAUUAAAUAUUCUACUGGGGGCUGCGAAGGGGAUUGCCUAUCUGCAUCAUGAUUGUUCCCCUCGAAUUAUUCACCGUGACAUUAAAGCAAGCAACAUUUUGCUUGAUGGAAAUUUGGAUGCACGGGUGUCUGAUUUCGGAUUGGCUAAAUUGUUAGAGGAUGAGGAAUCCCACAUCACAACAAUAGUUGCUGGAACAUUUGGAUAUCUAGCUCCUGAGUAUAUGCUGAGUGGAAGAGCUACGGCAAAGACUGAUGUUUAUAGUUUUGGAGUUCUGGUGCUUGAAAUUGUGAGUGGAAAGCGGCCUACUGAUGCAUCCUUCAUUGAGAAGGGCCUCAACAUUGUUGGAUGGUUGAACUAUCUGGUCUCGGAAACCAGGCAACGAGAAAUAGUUGAUCCCCACUGUGAAGGAGUGGAGACAGAAAGCCUUGAUUCUGUACUGUCUAUAGCCAUCCAAUGUGUUUCUUCGGGCCCUGAGGAUCGUCCCACAAUGCAUAGGAUUGUUCAAAUACUUGAGUCUGAGGUCACAACCCCAUGCCCUAGUGACUUCUACGAUUCAAGCUCAGAUUGAGAGGGCCUAUUAAUCGUUGAACCAUGGGAUGCCCAUCAGCCGAAUCGACAGUAGCACAGGGUCUAGGGGCCUUAAUCUAUUCCAGGCUUUAAUUUGUUCAUCUUUUCUGAAGAAUGUAUGGAAUUCGACAUAUAUCCUCGCAAUUGAUCCCUUCUCAAAAUAAGGCUGCAUCCAUCCUCUCCUCCUCCAUUGGCUCUUCUGCUGCAUCAGGUUUUACUUUCUCUUUCUCUUUUUCGAUUCAAAUAUACAUAUACAUAUAUAUGUGUGUGCGUGAUACUUUCUUCGGUUUCAGUAGAAGAUACAAUUCCAUAGGAAACAAUAUGAAAGUGGUAUAUACUCAUUCUGGUAAUUCCUUGAACCAUCUAUCUAUCAAUCUGCAUAUAAUGAUGUUUAAGUUGAUGAUUAAUUGGCUACUUCCAUUCUUGUAUGAUAGAUACAAAGAUCACAGAUUACUUUUCAUAGACUACUACACCAAUUUUCAUAAAUCGUAUUAUACUACUACUAUACAAUAUACAUGUUGGUUUUCUUAAAUAGAAGUCUCAUUUACUUAUU